AUGGCUCUCCACAAUAUCCCUUCAUUAAUAUCUAUCUAUCUAUCUAUCUAUCUAUCUAUCUAUCUAUCUAUCUAUCUAUCUAUCUAUCUAUUUCAGUCUGUUAAUAUCUAUCUAUCUAUCUAUCUAUCUAUCUAUCUAUCUAUCUAUUUAUUUUAUUUGUUAAUAUCUAUCUAUCUAUCUAAGUCUGUUAAUAUCUAUCUAUCUAUCUAUCUAUCUAUCUAUCUAUCUAUCUAUCUAAGUCUGUUGAUAUCUAUCUAUGUCUGUUAUCUAUCUAUCUAUCUAUCUAUCUAUCUAUCUAUCUAUGUCUCAUUGUUUAAUAUCUAUCUAUUUAUCUAUCUAUUUCAGUAUUGUUUAACAUCUAUCUAUCUAUCUAUCUAUCUAUUUCAGUAUUGUUUAAUAUCUAUCUAUCUAUCUAUCUAUUUCAGUAUUAACCAUCUAUUAUAUCAUAUCUAUCUAUCUAUUUCAGUAUUGUUUAAUAUCUAUCAUCUAUCUAUCUAUUCAUCUAUCAUUAUCUAUCUAUUUCUAUCUAUUUCAGUAUUGUUUAAUAUCUAUCUAUCUAUCUAUCUAUUUCAGUAUUGUUUAAUAUCUAUCUAUCUAUUUCAGUAUUGUUUAAUAUCUAUCUAUCUAUCUAUCUAUCUAUUUCAGUAUUGUUUAAUAUCUAUCUAUCUAUCUAUUUCAUAUUGUUUAAUAUCUAUCUAUAUCUAUCUAUCUAUCUAUCUAUUUAUCUAUCUAUCUAUCUAUCUAUCUCAGUAUUGUUUAAUAUCUAUCUAUCUAUCUAUCUAUUUCAGUAUUGUUUAA